GCGAAAUCUCUUCUCGAAAAACAAAGUUUUAAAGAAUCAUGUACGUAUAAUUAUUUCACAAAAUUGCCCAUGAUCCCACGAUCUAUAGAAUAGAACUUUCAUUAUCUGUAAUUAUCAGGGUGUAUUUAUCUCAACAUACCGGUUUUUAGUCAGAUGUAUUUCCUGUUUAGUUAUGGAACAAUCUUAAUAAAAGAAAUAAUUCGGCCUAUGCACAUUCCUCAAUCAAACCAUCUUCGAACUUGUAUCCUGUUCUUCCUGUUAUUAAUUUUUCACCAUUUGCAUGUGAUAAUGAAAAUGACAGCCAGUUGUCGACUCAGGAAACAAAAAAUAUUAUUCAAAAUUUAGCAAAUGCAUGUGAACAUGUUGGCUUCUUUUAUGCCAUUGGUCAUGGUAUUUCAAAUAAUUUACUCACUCGCACAUUAGCAGUGACGCGUGAAUUUUUUAAUCUGGAUUUAGAAAUAAAAAAUAAAUAUGCAGUGAGACAAUAUUUGAAUUCUCCGGCAAACAUGUCAUCUAAUCAACGGGGUGGUUUUGGUCGAGGUUAUCAAAGUCUUGGAGAAAAUGUGACAAAUCAACGACGAGAUCGUCAUGAAGGCUUCGAUUUAUAUCGUGAACUAGAAAGUAAUCAUCCAAUUCGAAAAUUAUUUGAACAAAAUCCAAAUAGUGAUAAGUUACCAGAUUAUCGUGAAUUAGCGAUAGGAUAUAAUCCUUAUCCUCAAGAACCAUUACCAUCUGGAAUAUUUUAUGAUGUUAUGUCUGAAUAUAUAGCAAACAUGAAACAUGCCGGUGAACGAAUAAUGCGUGCAAUAGCUCUUUCACUCAAUUUACCAUUAAAUUAUUUUGCCUCAACAUUUAACGAUUCAUUUUGGGUAAUUCGUUGUAUUCGAUAUCCAGCUGUCGAACCGAGUACACAACACGAUAAAGAAUAUGGAGAAGGAUGUGGUGAACACUCAGAUUAUGGAUGGCUUACAUUUGUUAAUCAAGAUCUCGAUUCAAAAAAUUGUUUAUAUGUAAAAAUGAAUAAUGAACAAAAUUCUUCAACAUAUGUUUCAGCUGAUCCAAUUAUUGUCAAUAAUGAAAUUGCUUUAACAUGUAAUAUUGGUGAUAUACUCUCAUUUAUAACACAGGGAAAAUAUCGUUCAACAUUACAUCGUGUGAGUAGUCCAAUUCAACCAGCUCGUGAUCGUGUCAGCGUUCCAUUUUUUCUUGAACCAAAUGCCGAUGUCAAAUUAAAAACAGAUGCUAAAAGUCCAGAAUGUUAUUAUGGUGAAUAUCUCAUUAAUAAAGUUCGAAGAAAUUUUCAAUUUCAAGAUAAUAAUGAACAAAAAAUAUAUUCUACUUGA